AUGUAUCUCUCCUCUCACAAAUUUUCUCUUUCCUUUUCUUUGUAUCUUUUAUACUUUUCUUUCUCAUUACUGCUUAUCCCUUCUUUCUUUCUUUCUUUCUUUCUUUUUUCUCAUCUCUUUAUCCCUUUGUUUUUUCUUUCUUUCUUUCUUUCUUUCUUUCUUUCUUUCGGGAUUUCUUUCUUUCUUUCUUUCUUUCGGGAUUUCUUUUUAUUUUCUCAUUACUGUUUUUAUCCCUUUCUCCCUUUCUUUCUCUUUUCUCAUUACUGCUUAUCCUUAUUAUUCUUUCUUUCUUUCUUUCUUUCUUUCUUUAUUUAUUUAUUUAUUUAUUUCGUGAUUUCUUUCGAGAUUUCUUUCGCAAUUUCUUUUUAUUUUCUCAUUACUGUUUUUAAUUUUAUCCCUUUCCCGCUUUAUUUCUUUUGCUUUUCUCAUUACUUUUUAGUUUUUAUCCCUUUCUUUCAGGAUUUCUUUCUUUCAGGAUUUCUUUCUUUCUUUCAGGAUUUCUUUCUUUCAGGAUUUCUUUCUUUCUUUCAGGAUUUCUUUCUUUCAGGAUUUCUUUCUUUCAGGAUUUCUUUCUUUCUUUCAGGAUUUCUUUCUUUCAGGUUUCUUUCUUUCUUUCAGGUUUCUUUCUUUCUUUCAGGUUUCUUUCUUUCAGGAGUUUCUUUCUUUCAUUCAGGAUUUCUUUCUGGAUUUAUUUCCAGAUUUCUUUCAUUCAGGAUUUCUUUCUAUAUUUUCCCCAGAUUUCUUUCAUUCAGGAUUUCUUUCUAUAUUUCAGAUUUCUUUCAUUCAGGAUUUCUUUCUUUCUUUCAGGAUUUCUUUCUUUCUUUCAGGAUUUCUUUCUUUCUUUCAGGAUUUCUUUCUUUCAGGAUUUCUUUCUUUCUUUCAGGAUUUCUUUCUUUCUUUCAGGAUUUCUUUCUUUCAGGAUUUCUUUCUUUCUUUCAGGAUUUCUUUCUUUCUUUCAGGAUUUCUUUCUUUCAGGAUUUCUUUCUUUCAGGAUUUCUUUCUUUCUUUCAGGAUUUCUUUCUUUCAGGAUUUCUUUCUUUCAGGAUUUCUUUCUUUCUUUCAGGAUUUCUUUCUUUCAGGAUUUCUUUCUUUCUUUCAGGAUUUCUUUCUUUCAGGAUUUCUUUCUUUCAGGAUUUCUUUCUUUCUUUCAGGAUUUCUUUCUUUCAGGAUUUCUUUCUUUCUUUCAGGAUUUCUUUCUUUCUUUCAGGAUUUCUUUCUUUCAGGAUUUCUUUCUUUCUUUCAGGAUUUCUUUCUUUCUUUCAGGAUUUCUUUCUUUCUUUCAGGAUUUCUUUCUUUCAGGAUUUCUUUCUUUCUUUCAGGAUUUCUUUCUUUCAGGAUUUCUUUCUUUCUUUCAGGAUUUCUUUCUUUCAGGAUUUCUUUCUUUCAGGAUUUCUUUCUUUCUUUCAGGAUUUCUUUCUUUCUUUCAGGAUUUCUUUCUUUCUUUCAGGAUUUCUUUCUUUCAGGAUUUCUUUCUUUCUUUCAGGAUUUCUUUCUUUCUUUCAGGAUUUCUUUCUUUCAGGAUUUCUUUCUUUCUUUCAGGAUUUCUUUCUUUCAGGAUUUCUUUCUUUCAGGAUUUUUUUCUUUCAGGAUUUCUUUCUUUCUUUCAGGAUUUCUUUCUUUCAGGAUUUCUUUCUUUCUUUCAGGAUUUCUUUCUUUCAGGAUUUCUUUCUUUCUUUCAGGAUUUCUUUGGAUUGCAGAACAAACUAUUGA